GCGGCCAGCCUCACGCACGGCGGAGCCCGCCACGUCGCCGGCCUCACAGCACACAGUCAUCCAGGCAUGACAGAAAUAUCGGACCGAGCUACGCGAGUGAGUGACGAGGCAGAGGAAGCCUCCUCGCUUUCGAACCAUCCCUUUCGCGGUUUAUUCCGCCUCUCGUGCUUCUUCUCCCACCUUCUUCUUUUUCCGCAAGCAAGUCAUAUAUACACGCAUUAUCUCUUCUUCUUCUUGUUCUUCUUCUUCUUGUAGGUAGCAGCGCCUACCAAGCUCUUUUCCAUCGGUGACCAUUCCAGUCGUCCAUCACAUGGAUCAAGACGAGCGCCAGCAUCCAGAGCCGCCGGCCAUGGAGAAGGAGCUCUCUGCCGACGCGCUAGCCUGCGACUACUGCAGCGGCCCACAGGCGGUCGUGUACUGCCGGGCCGACAGCGCCAGGCUCUGCCUGCCGUGCGACCGCCUCGUGCACGCCGCCAACGCGGUCUGCUCCCGCCACCUGCGCGCCCUGCUCUGCGCCGCAUGCCGCGCAACCGGGGCCGUCUUCCGCCACGCUGGUACCGAAUUCCUCUGCUCCAACUGCGACUUCGGGAGGAGCCGGGACGCCGAGCUGCCGCUGCACGACCGCUGCACAGUCCAGGGGUACACGGGACGACCCUCGGCGCACGACCUCGCCGCUCUUCUCGGGGUCCCCGACUUCGACAAGCCCUCGGCCGGCAAAGCCGACGACGGUUGGUGGGCCAUCUGGGAGGAGCCCCAGGUGUUCCGCCUGGAGGAUCUCAUCGUGCCCACCACUUCUUGCCAUGGCUUCCAGCCCCUCGUGACGCCGUCCUCGCCCAAGAUCCACAACUCACCCGAUGGAAAGACCAACGAUGAGGUCAUACGGCAGUUACGUGAGCUCGCCGAGGUCGACAUGGGCAGCGGUCAGAUAACACCUCGUGAGGAGGCAGAGCAAGCUGCUCAUCAGUUGCCUUCCUGGACAGAGUCACAGCACACCACUGGAAAUGGCGAUUUCGGCAUAGAUAACAGCCACGAGGUUGCAACCAUGCCAACCCCUGGUUAUGAGAACGGCGGAUGGAACAACAACGAUUAUCAUGCCCUAAAUGGUGCCUCCAAGACCGAGUACGAACAGAAGCAGGCUCCAGCAAGCUCAGCUGAAGCAUGCUUGUCAUCGUUUGUUCAGAUGUCAGAACUUUGCCCCAGCAUGAGCAAUGGUAGCAUGAUGGACGAUGGCCAGCAGGCAAAUCCUGGUACUGGCAUGCCAAUGCAAGCUUUCCCCAAAAGAAGUGGCUUUGAUGUUGUUGCUGGCCCUGACCGCGACAUUGUCAUUUCCCGCUAUAAAGAAAAGAGGAGGACAAGAAGAUUCGACAAACAGGUGCGGUAUGAGUCCCGCAAAGCUCGUGCGGACAGCAGGUUGAGGAUCAAGGGGCGUUUUGCAAAGGCAAAUCAGAGUUAAGCCUUGACUUUGCAGUAUAUUUUGCAUCUUGGACAGAAGGAAGAACACUAAUUAGGAGUGAGUGCAGAUGAUACAUAAGCCGUGAACAUUUUGUUUGCCUUCAGUUGGGCAGAUGGUAGUUCAUGUACAAUCUGAAUAAUGUAUGUUGCCAACAUAUGGGCUAUAUUAAUGUUUUGAGGGGAGUUGUUCUUAGUCCAACCCUUGUAUAUAGCUUCCAUCUAUGAACUCUGUAAAAGUUAGUGCUACAGGCAAGUGAGAGUGACAGUAUGCCAUUUUGUCAUGGUUUAGUGAAUUUUGUCUCACCAUUGGGUUUCGUUGAGUAAA